AUGCUGACCCCGGACACGCUGGUGCUGAUCGGCGCCGUCAUCGCGUUCAUCCUGGCCUUUGCCAUCGGCGCCAACGACACGGCCAACUCCUUCGGAACAUCUGUCGGCAGCAAGGUGCCGGCGAAAUCGAUAGAAAAAAGGAAAAAUCGAUAUUUCAGGUCCUGAAACUACGAACGGCUUAUGUACUUGCAAGCAUCUUCGAGACCCUCGGAGCCUGCCUUCUUGGUCAGUUUCGGGACAAAAUCGGGAGCUCUGAUUGUGAAAUUUCAAAAAACGUAUUUGGAUGCUGAUUAAUUAAAGUUUAGAAUAACCCCUAAAUAUUGGUAUUAUAUAUUUUUCAAGAUAAGUCUAACCGAAUUUCAGUUUUUCAAAAGUUUUAAACCUAAAAAUUAAAUUUAAUUUGAAGACAGUGAAUUUUUAGAAUUCAGAGAAAGUCCUCAGUAUUUAUUUUUUCAACUGAUUUUUCCACAAUUUCAUGCUUGAAACUUGCUUUUUUUCUGUUGUAAAGGUUCAAAUUUACUCUUUUUUCUCUUCAUUGGAAAAUUUUUAAUGGCCAUUAUAUAUUUAGGGGUCUAGUAGUAGCACUUAGACCUUUAUAGUGGCCACUAAUUUUUAACCCCUUAAGUUGCUACUGAUUUGACUACUAUAGUAGCCACUAAACAUUUUCCCAAUUUGUUGAAAAUUCCGUCACUUUGAAUUUUUCCUUUCAAUUGUUGCCUAAAAAACUAAUAAGUAGGUCAAAUUCCAUCAAUUUCAAAUUCCAAAGAACAUACUGGGAACAAACAAUUGUGGAACUGUCAAAAUAGAAACGGGACGAUAAUUUCUCGGUGAACUGAUUAAAAUCGGGAACCAAUCACCAAACUCGUCAACUUUUAUCGAGUCAGAAGCUUCCGAGGAAGCGUCUCAGAGGUUGACGGAAUAGAAAAUAAUGCUCAAGAAAUUUAAUAUAGAAAAAGAAUGGAAAAUUAUAGAAAAGUCUUCAAUUUUAUGAGCUUUUCUAAUGCCAUAUUCAAAAUUCCCGCUAAAUGCAAAAUUAUCUCUGACUCUCCAAAAUUUAGUUAUCUUUUUCUUUCUCUGACGACUAGGAAUCUAUUGAAGCAUUUUUUUGUUGUACAACGUGAUCUCAUAUAAUCUUUAAAGAGCUAAUAAUUAAAUUCUGAACGAGAGAAAGCAGUAAACGAAAAUGAAUAGUUAAAAAUUGCGUUUAUAAAUUUCUCGUUACGGGAAGAUGAGGUUUUUAAAAAAAUUUGAAUACUUUCGCUUCACGUUUCCGACUGUUUCAGGGCACCAAGUGACGGACACGAUGAGGAAGGGCGUGAUCGACUUCGAUUCGUUUGUUCUGACGGCGUCGGCUGCCACAAAUGGCACCGCCGAAGUCGACCACGGACGGAUCGGCUACGAACUCAUGCUGGGACAGAUUUCCAUUCUUGCUGGUCAGUUACUUGCUUCUAAAAUAUGGAUAAAAUAGGAAAAACAGUAUAAGAAGUAGUGCAAAAAAAUCACAUUUUCGUUAAAAUGAAGGAAAAAGAUAUACAUUUAGAAAGAAGUUAAAGUUUUUUUAGUUCUCUCUUGCGUCACAUUUUUUUCUUCAGGUUUUCAAAAAUUUUCAUUGGAACUUGAGAUUUUUAAUUAUAUUUCAAAGGAUAAGUCUUGCAAAUGAAACUCCACAUAACUGACCCCUGUUUUAAUUGACAAAAAAAGGAUAUUUAGAAAAACUUAGGAUCUUUCGAAAAUGAAUAAAGGAGCAACACUGAACUGACCAUAUGUGGAUGGAGGAAUACAGAAUCCAUAUAAUCCAGAAAGUGGGGCUAAAAAAAAAAUCAAUUUUUGAGCUCUAGAGGUUGUACUAACUGUACUUUGGCAAGUAAAGAGCUCAAUCAGACCAGGAGGAGGGUUUGACUUAUGAGAGACUUGAAAAAUAAGGUUAAAGGAUAGUUUUUUUUUGUUGGAGUUUAAAUAGAGUUUUGAGCUGAAGAGGUAGUAAUAACUUUUUAGUUAGACAAGCUACGAAGGAGGGCUCUAGGCGACCUUAAAAAAUGGUCCGCCCCUCCUUACCAGAGCUGCCGACAAGGCGCCUCAGGGUGAAACGGCACGAAAGCUGAAAAUCGGCAGAAAAGAAAAUGGCGUGUUCAUCGUACAAAACGAAAACUGCUUCAAAAAAAAAAUUAGUGAUGUUUUAGAGCAAUCUUGGAUGAAACACGAUUUUUCUGUUUUAAAGCAUGUUCCGUUUCUCCGAUGAACACGCCAAAAGAGUAAAAAAAAAAAUGACUUUUGAAAAAAGGACCACUUCACGGGUCAGAACACCCCGGGGCGACCCGUCAUAUCAGCAUCUCUGAUGCUUACUAUCAAAUAAUCAAGCGUAAUUUGGAUUGUUGCAGGAUGUGGGGCGUGGAUGUUGUUGGCGACGGCGUUCAAACUGCCCGUCUCGACGACUCAUUCGAUCGUCGGAGCCACCAUCGGCUUCGCCCUCGUCCUCGGCGGCGCAAGGGCCAUCGUGUGGAACAAGAUCUACCGCAUUUGUCCGUUCAAUUCCCUCUUUCCUCCCUCUCAAUUCCCCAUCUUGCAGUCCUUUCCUGGAUCAUCUCGCCGCUUUCGUCCGGCAUCACUUCUGUCAUCAUUUACUCCGCCUUGGAUCAUCUCGUCUUGCGACGCGUGAGUUUCAUGAGGGAAAAAAUAAGGUCUUGAUAAAAGAAAGGCUGCAGAAAAAAUAUUCUCCUUUCUCCAAAUUUUUGAUAAGCCAAUUUCAUGGAAAAAAAAUGGUUAAUCGAAUCAAUUUUCCGAACUGUCUGAUAAGUAGAUUUUUGUAUAAAUCAAGCGCGUAUAUUUUUCGAAUUCAGUUUUUAAUUUAAAAAAAAUCUCAUUUUAAAACUUGAAUGAGAACUUUUUCUGACGCACAAAUAUGCUGAGUUUUCGAAAAUAUAAUUUUUUUUGGUUCCAAAAACAUUUUCCAGGUUAUAACAGUUGAAAUAAUUUAUUAGAAGCUGAAAAAAAUUUUUUUUAUUGCGCCAUUGCCAAUUUUUCCUGCUAAGUAGGAUUUUUGUGGUGUUUUCAAGAAAUCAGGCCAAGAUUACUUGGUUUUUUUUUUGUUGAAAAGAAUGGAAUGAUCUGAGCGAUUUGUCGUGAUUGAUAUUGAAACUUCCGAGCAAUUGUGCGUUUGUGACGGGUUAAAGAGCAAAGACGCGUCGUCGCGAGAACCGAAAGGUGUAAAAGACGAGCGGAUUUUACGCGGGGCAAAGUGCGUCCAAUGAAUAAUGUUUCAUUUAGGGGAUAUUCUUUGAUUGAGAAAAUUUUUUUAGUUUGGAAGAUUUGAGCGUUAUUUUUGAUGGAAGAUGAGCUUUCUGUUUCAGUUUACAAAAAAGAGAUCUUCCGGAUUUCUUUAAAAUUGCUGUGUGAAUGCUUUAUAGAAUGAAAAAUGUGAAAAAAAAAGCUAUGAUUCAAAAAAAUGUUGGCUUUAUGAGAAAAUUCCGUUAUUUAAAACCUAUUUUUGAUCUUUUUUGGGUAUUAAAAUUCAUCUGAACGCAACUUAUCGGCAAAAAUAGGAUUUUCAUAUACAUUUGAGUGCAAAUCGUAUUGCCGUGUCACCGCGAAAUUUAAAAUUAUCUCUGACUCUCCAAAAUUUGGUCAUCUUUUCCAUUUUCUGACUAUUUUGAAUUUCGCGGAAAUGACUUUGUAUACGGCAUAAGGAUGUUUGAAAAAAACAAUAUUAGGAAGUUAAUAAUUUUUUUAAAUUGAAUGAAAAAAAGUCUUCAACAUAUCUCACAUAUAUUCAGCAGGAAAAUUCCGAGUUUUUAAAAAUUUAUUCGUUAUCCAAAACAAUUUAACUUUUCAUUUCAGAGCCGCCCGUUCAACAGCGGCAUGCGCGUCCUUCCUUUUCUCUAUUUCCUCUGCUUUUCGUUCAAUAUUUUCGCUGUCGUCUACAAAGGACCUUCUUGUCAGUGAAAACCGAACUUUCCUCAUUUUAUCCCCCUUUUUCCAGUCCUCAACUUUGAUCUUCUGUCCCUGCCGGUCUGCUUGGGAAUCUCAGUCGCCCUGGGUCUGACCUGCGCUGUUUUGUUCAACUUCAUCCUGGCUCCCUACCUGAAAAAUCACAUUUUGAGUGAGUUGAUGUGACUAUGAAGAUCAAAAUAAUGGAUUUUUGUUCAGAUACCCGCGAAAUGGUGCCGAUCGCGACGCCUUUGAAAUCUCACGAGUGCAAUAAUAACAAGAAGAUUCCGAACACGGGCCCCUUGGAACUGGCCACCAUCGAACAGAGUUCGUUUUUGGGCAGGAAUUCGAUGAGAAAAUAAUAUUCCAAACAAGAAAUUGGCUUUUUGAAGGCCAAAAUGAAGAGAAAACAGUGUAUAAACGCUCAAAAGUCUAAAAUUCUCUCAAUUUUCCGAUUACUUUGACUUUUUCUCCCUGAGCCACUUAUAUUAUUAUUUUUUUGCCUAUACAAACUUAUCAUAAAUGGAUCAAUAGUAGAAGAUGUUAGGACAUUUCAGGCCAUAUAAUGGGUCUCGCGAGGAAAAAGUGUGCAGUAGGGCGCACAAGCCCGAUUUUUUUGUGUAGAUUUACGGAAAUUUCACAGCGAUUCGAAUUUUACACGGCGUAUGAAUAAUCAAAACCAAAAGUAAAAUAUAUCCGUUUUUAAGGGAAUUUUUCGGCUAGUUUUUUUAACUACCGGUUGAAAUUCUGAUGAGACUGAAAUGCAGUUCAGGAACUCCUGAUUCCAAAGCAAUAAAAAAAAUCUUGCAGUAGGUCUUUUUUCGACCUAUGAAGCUUCAAAGUUUGGUACAUACGCCAAUUUCAAAAAAAAAGAAGCCAUUUCAAGCUUUUGAAGAGUCUCCACGCCUGUUUAAGGAGGCCGGUCGUAUUACGGUAGUUUGGAUAGGCUUUUCAAUAAUGAAAUGAAAUCUUACGUACUUUUUGUGACUUAACUUACCUUGUAACCUCGAGAAAUAGGUCCUUAACAAAUUGCAAAAAAAGAAAGAAAAUUUAAAAAAUUUCCUGGCUCCGAAACUGAGUGCGCAAUAUUGAUCGGCCACCGGCCGUCGUAGUACUGUCUCAAACAUGCGUGCAACUCGAAAACUUCGGGAAUUUUUUUCUUGUUCUAGAAUAAGAAAAUAGAGUAGAAAAGUAGAUAGUCAGUUGAAAAAAAUAGAACCAAGGGAUUCCAGAAAAAGCGUUGCUCGACCAGCCGACGAUCGUCGUCACGCCCAACGAGAAGGAGAAGGAGGCGAUCAACAACGAGAUGGAGUCGUCGGUCAGCACGAACGGCUCCCUGCCCGUGUCGGCUUCUGGAAGCUACGCGCCCAAGAACACGAUCGCCCCGUCGUCGUCGCUCGCCUCGUUCUUCCGCUCCUGCAAGCCGGAAGACCCCCAGGCGUCCCGACUCUUCUCCCUCCUCCAGGUCAUGACCGCCUGCUUCGGUGGCUUCGCUCACGGCGGCAACGACGUCAGGUUCGCAUCGAGUAUCAGGCAGAAUAUUAGAAUAAAUCGAUUUCCAGUAACGCUAUCGCUCCUCUCGUUUCUCUGGUCUUGAUGCGAUCCGGUGCCGGUAUCGCCUCGUCGAGCAUGGAGACGCCUUGGUGAGUUGUAAAGAAAAAGCGAUGUCGCUAGUCUAGACCAACGUAAAAUAGGGUACCUCUUCUAUGAAGCUCGCAAAAAUUCUGAAGCGUUUCUAGGAGACGAUAAGAGAUAUUAUAUUGAGUAUAACUUUGAAAAUCCAAUGUGAAGAUCAACGAAAAAUUCGUAUCACUCAUGCUGAUGAGGGUGGCCCAGCCGUGCUGUCACGGGCUCUCAGCGGGUGGACCCGUAUUAGACCCGUACAAGGCAUUCCUAAUGGGGUGAGGGAAGGUGGGCGAGGCGUCGAAUUUACAAAAAAAAAGUAAGUGCGCGCUUCGGAUAAAAUGGCGUCAUAAUUACACUGAAUAUUAAUGGUAAAUGUUCGAUCGCCUUUGGCUGCGUACUUGAGAUUUCAAUUUUCGCGCCAAAAUUUUGUUUGACGUCUUCCAACCCCGUUUAGGGACGCCGUGCCGUAUAAGCCUAGCUGUUAGAUCUUUUUGACAGUUUCACCCCACCUGAGGCACCGCUUUAGCACAGUGGGUCACAGAUUUUCGAAAUAAGCACAGCUGGGUCACCUAGUUUUUCUUGCACCCGUUGUUUCCCCGUUUUAGCACAACUGAGACUAAAAUAACCUCAGAAACACGGGUUUAAUACGGAUACACCCGUUGAGGCACCAUGAGAUUAGAAGUCGGCAAAAAUUCUAAAAAAAAAUUUUUGUGAAGGAUAGCAAAUACUUCAUUGAAUAUAGUUUGAAAAGAGACUUUUAUGAAAGCCGAGAAAAGGUAAUUCCAUGUUAAAAGAUUAACAACAUGUUUGAUCUUUCGAAUUGUUUGAUUUUAGUUAAUUUGAGAUUAAAUAUGCAUUGAAUUGAAGAAAAAUGGAGUUAGUUGGAUACAUAUGAAUCGUGUCGAAAAUAUAUGAAAGAAAGAAAAAUUUUUCAAAAAGUAUCGUUUGUCGAAAAUAUUUCGAAAAAUCCGGAUUUUUUUCAACGGAAUAGCUCAAAAAUACGUCAAAAAACACAGAUUAAAGCUUAUGAGAUACUUUUUGGGAAGGAUUCCUACGGUUCCGUAGAAAAAAUAGAAACAAAGAACGGCUUUUUAAUAAAAAUUUUCUUGUUUAAUUUUUCUGAAUUCUUCUGGUGUUGUAAUGACUGUUUUUGUAACACUCUAGUCCGUUCACGAAAAAAAAACCUCAGCUUCAUGAAGUUUCAAUGAUUUAUGGAUAUAAGCGAGGAACUUAUGAGAAAAAUGUUUUUAUUUUUCAAACGGUUCUGUAACUGCGAUCUUGUUGAAAGAAAAAAACAGAAUAUUUCUCCAGGUACAUCCUGGUGUUCGGUUCCCUCGGCAUGUGCGUCGGACUGUGGACCCUCGGCCAUCGGGUCAUCUACACGGUCGGCGAGAACCUCACCCGCAUCACUCCUGCCUCUGGAUUCGCCGUCGAGUUCGGCGCCGCCGUCACCGUUUUGGUCGCCUCCAAAAUGGGACUUCCCAUCUCGUCCACUCAGUGCAAGGUAUAGUAGAAGAAGGAGGAGAGAAUAAUUUCCGUUAUUCAAGAGAUUUCCUAGUGAAUCUCUUCCUACUGACUUAAAAAAAUCUUAUUUUUUUAAAAAAAUAAGUGAAGAAGAACCAUACAUCGGCUGAACCAUACACUUAGCCUUUUGCGCUCGAAAAAAAGGGGGGAAGGCCGCACCCCGGAGUAGGAUCCGAGAAGAACAAAUCUGACGAAUUAUUGAAUCAUUGAAUUUUUGAUAGAUCUCAUUUUUGGGUUGUAUUCGCUAAUCAAUUUUUUUUGUUCCAGGUCUGUUUCGUAGGGUGAAAAAAUAAGGGUUAUCACGAAUUUUUUAAUAAAUAAGUUCAACUUUUUCUAAGACAAUGGAAAAUUUGAAGGAAAAUAUUCGAUGAAAUUUUAAAUUUUGGUCAAAUGUCUGGCCGAAUGAAGCUUUUCCUUUAGCCCAGAUCCUGCUUCAGUUUUCAUGAAUAUUUUUUCAAAUUCAUUAUCUAAAAGCAUUGGUUCAAAUUUUCCAGUGGAAACUCAAGACUGCUGUGAAUUUGAUAGAUAAAAAUAAUGUUCAAAUAAUUUAUUGAAUAUAUUCAGGUCGGUUCGGUUGUCGCCGUCGGCCUCGUACAGGCCAACCACGCCGUCCGAUGGGCCGUCUUCAGAAACAUUUCCCUUUCUUGGAUCGUCACCAUGCCCGUCGCCGGUGAGUUUUGGUGUCAACUUGAGUUUCGUAAAGAUUUUUUUCGAAAAAAAGGGUAAACUCGUUUUGAAAAAGUUAAAAAAAAGUUUUUUUUGACGUCGAACACUGAGUUUUCAUCCUUUUUUGAUGAUUUUGAAAAAGAAACUUUGAAACUUUUAUUCAGACUUUCUGCUUAAUUUUGGAGUGGCUGAAAAAUUACUUUAUAAAACUGAGAUUUUUAGAAGAAAUUCAAAUGGUCAAAACUAUUCAGUUCGUUUUUUUAUUCCUAUGAUUUCGAUUUUUUUAGCUUUUCUGCUUAAAAAUUGUUUACUUGACCUUAGAAAAAAAGAUUGUGCCGAAGGAAUUUUAAAUAUCCACAUUUGAUCGGAUUUGUUCAAUUGAACAAAAAUUUGAAAUCACCUAGAAACCUUGAAUUAUUCUAACCCUCCAUCUUUAGGUAUCCUCUCGGCGGGCACGAUGACGGCUCUCCACAUGUGGACUUACGGCUUUGGCGGAUCCUCCGAAUCUUCAGUUCUUCGAUAUUUCUUCUAA